AUGAAAGAACAGCUUUGCAGUAAGGCAUCAGUUUUCAAAUGCAAUCGUUUUGUUCUUGUACAAAGUGCUCAAGCUGGAGACAAAAGACUUCAAGGCUAUAGAUCACGUUAUCAGGCAGUUACUAAUCAACAACAGGAUUCACAAGCAGCCUGCACGCUUGGAAAUACUGUACCUGCUAAGGACGAGCUAGGACGUGCACUUCAUAAUGUUGAGCAGAAGAGUGAGCUUAUACUUCUCCAACUACAUAGUGUCCUUAUAGUGAUCGCACCAAUUUUUACCAGAAGGACAACAAUUUUGAAGCAGGAGAAAGCUCAUCUCACCCCAAAGGGGCAACGAUGUUUGCCAACGUUGUGGGGAACGUGUGAAGACGGUGGACCAUCUAGCAACGCAGUGCGAAAAAAUGUUACAUCAUGA